CCUGGCACCGGAACCGAUUCGAGAUACCUAAGGGUUCUGCGAUAAGGGGUACGCUCAGGUACUGUCUUGAACACCUGAUGUCGAUGACGGUUGUGAAUGGAGUACAUCCGUCUGCAUCGUUAGUCGUGUGGAUCUUCCAUCCUUAGCUGUGAGCUAAUGUCGUAAUAAAUUGUGCGUGAGCUUCUAUGAAGCAUCGUCAGUUCUGUCGAGUUUCGCGUGUCUCCCAAUAAUUUUGUUGCUUGAUGGACUUAUACAUCUGCUUGUUCACGAACCCGUAGAUAUGGCUCCGAAGAAAAGGAUACAGUUAUGCUUCCUAGAAACCGCAUGCACAGGCUCGUACAUGGCCUCUGGUCAGUGGAGAUCGCCUACAGAUAAUGGCAAAACCAAAGACCGCCUCAAGUACUACAUGGACUUGGCGAAACUCGCUGAGAGAGGCAAAAUCACCUGCGUUUUCCUGGCGGAUUGGUACGUCGGUUUCGAUGUAUAUAACGACUCGCUCGAUGCCAUGCUCAAAGCUGGACAUCAAGUAGGACACCUUGAUCCGGUACCUAUCAUUUCUGCAAUGGCAGCAGUCACCGAGACUGUUUCGUUUGCCGCGACUGCUAGCACAUCUUAUGUCAAUCCCUAUAUUCUGGCGAGGCAGUUCUCGACACUGGAUCAUCUCACCGAGGGCAGAGUUGGCUGGAACAUUGUGACGAGUUACACGAAAGGUGCUGCAAAAGCGAUGGGCCAUGAACAAGUCGUGCCGCACGAUGAGCGAUAUCUGGUCGCGGACGAGUAUAUGGAGGUGGUAUACAAACUGUGGGAAAGUUCUUGGGCACCGGAUUCGGUCGUCUGGAGUGAUGAAGUUGCCUUUGACCCCACCAAGAUCAAGAAGAUUGAGCACAAAGGAAAAUAUUUCAGCGUGUCCGGUCGCUCACAGCUGCAUCCAUCGCCACAACGAACACCAGUAUUGUUUCAGGCCGGAACUAGUAAGAGCGGUGUCCAAUUUGCUUCUCGCCAUGCUGAAGCCAUGUUCCUCAAUCCUUGCACAGUAAAACAAGCAAAGAAAGUGAUCGCAGAAGCGCGGGCAGCAGCGGCUGCCGAGGGGCGGGAUCCGCAGUCUUUGAAAUUCUUCCCUUGUAUUGUUCCGAUCAUUGGUCGCACAGAAGAGGAGGCGUGGGACAAGUAUGAGAAGGCGAAAUCUCAUGCAGACAUCAUUGGUGGUCUUGCACAGUUUUCUGGAUAUACCGGGAUUGAUAUGACACAGUUUCCUAUGGACGAACCUUUUUCGUCGGCGACCCUUAAAGGAGGCCCUGGAAUCCAGUCGGUUCUGAACGCCUUUGAAGCUAGUACCGAGUCAGCAGAGCCCUGGACACCACGCCGCUUAGGUCUUCGUAUGGCCCUUGGUGGUCUUCACCCGUGUCCCGUUGGAAGUGUUGCGCAAGUAGCAGAUGUAUUCGAAGAAUGGGUAAACGACGCAAAUUGUGACGGCUUCAAUGUCGCCUAUGUCAGCAAUCCCGGAAGCUUUGAAGACGUCGUUGAUCUUCUACGACCCGAAUUAGUAAGAAGAGGGAUGAUGUGGGAGGAUUAUGACUUCCCUGGUGGAACGUUUCGAGAGAACCUGUUGGGCCAGAAGCUGCUCAGAGAAGAUCAUUGGGGUUCGAGAUAUAAAUAUGGUAGGGCGGACGUAGCUUCACCCGCCGUGCAAAAGGGCGAUAUUGGGGAAAUACCAACGAUACAAGAGCAGAAAUUUCCUACACAUAAUCCUCAACCAAUAGCUACCUGA